CGGAAAGUAAAUGUACUUGCAAGAGAGUACUGUGAUGACUUAAAGAGGAAAAAUAAGCCCAUCAUUUUAUCACAUCAUAUGCUUCCUGGUCUUAAGCAAGGGCAAGAGAAGAUGUCAAAGAGUGAUCCAUCAUCUUCUAUCUACAUGGAGGAUACAGAGGCGGAUGUGAAUUCAAAGAUAAAGGGAGCAUACUGUCCCCCGAAGAUUGUUGAAGGAAAUCCAUGUCUGGAGUACAUAAAAUACAUUGUCUUCCCAUGGUUUAAUGACUUUCAGGUGGAGCGCAGUACAGCCAAUGGUGGUGACAAGACCUUCAAUAGCUUUGAAGAACUUGUUGCUGACUAUGAGGAGGAGAAGUUACAUCCUGCUGACCUCAAACCAGCUUUGGCAAAAGCAUUAAAUAAGAUACUACAGGUUCUUGCUUUUAUCGUGUUCCUGUUGAUGGUUGGGAAAAGUUGCGAAGUUCCUGGUACAUGA